CACGUCGUGUGCUGGCUCAACUUAUUUCCACAAUACGGAACAAGACAAUUCCUUUUCAUUUAAAUUUUUGUCAUACAGUGUAAAUCCAAAUAGCACAGUCGAAAUCUGUAUUUCCGACAGUUUCCGUGCUUGGCUUUGCGACACUGGCCGCACCGCUUUACGGCAGAGGAGUCCCACGUGUUGUGGUCGCAUGGAGGACUGCUGAGUCGGGAGUCGCUGCCAAAGUUUAGUUCAGUUGAAGAAUGUCGUACAGAGGCGGUGGAGGACGAGGUGGAGGAUUUAACCGCGGUGGGGGAGGCAGAGGAGGAGGCUAUGGCGGCGGAGGAGGCUACGGCGGCAGAGGAGGAGGCUAUGGCGGCGGCAGGGGUGGUGGUCGUGGAGGUUUUAACAGACAGCAAGACUAUGGACCCCCAGAAUAUGUUGUUGCUUUAGGAGAGUUUGUGCAUCCAUGUGAGGAUGAAAUUGUGUGCAAGUGCACAACAGCUGAAAACAAAGUUCCCUACUUCAAUGCCCCGGUGUACCUGGAAAACAAGGAACAGAUUGGCAAGGUGGACGAGAUAUUCGGACAGCUGCGUGACUUUUAUUUUUCCGUCAAACUUUCUGAAAAUAUGAAGGCGUCUUCGUUUAAAAAGCUGCAGAAGUUUUAUAUAGAUCCAAUGAAGCUCCUACCACUGCAGAGAUUCCUGCCCAGGCCGCCUGGAGAAAAAGGCCCGCCAAGAGGUCGAGGUGGGGGUAGAGGCGGAGGAAGAGGCGGCGGUCGCGGAGGCGGAUUUCGUGGUGGAAGAGGAGGUGGUGGGCGGGGAGGAGGUGGACGUGGAGGAUUUGGAGGAGGUGGACGUGGAGGAUUUGGAGGAGGUGGACGUGGAGGUGGCUUCAGAGGGAGAGGCGGAUUCAGAGGCGGGAGAUGAUUUGCCAUGUGUCGAUAAUUCAUCCCAGCGCUUUUUUAAGGGUUUCAGCACCUUUCUACGUGUAUACAUCAUUGGACAUUACAUCUGGGGUGCAUUUUUUUUUUUUAGUUUUAGUUUUUUUUUUUUUUAACAAGUCUUGUACAAGUGAUGGACAUUUUGAUUUUUACUCCAAAUGCUUGUGACAACCACAUUUCCUUCACUGUGUGCAUUGGCAUGCUAUUGUCCUGUGAGCAUGAGCACAUGCCUUCACAAACCAUCAUUAGUCACAUAUGAACACAUGUGGGCAAAGGGGACCCAGAGUUUUAUAACAUUCUGAAUUUAUCUGCAGAAAUUGGUCAAGUAUUUUGUAAUUAUCAUGAUUAAAUGUUUUUUUGUGUAA